UCACUCAGUGUGCCAUGCUGGUGCUAACGCCGCGGUAAGGUGAGGUAUGGCGGUGGCAGGCGGAGUAGUCGUUCUCCUCACUCUGGUCUACUGUGUACAAGCUAACUGGUGGCUACUAGGGUUGCAAGGACCCAGCCAGGGGGCGGUGAGCCUCGGACCCCUCAGUCACAAGGAGAACUGCCAUCGGCUGCAGUACCUGGUCGAGCGCCAACAACAGCUCUGUGGACUCAGCGAGAACGUCUUGGCUGCUGUGGGAAACGGAGCCAAGAUGAGUAUUGAAGAGUGCCAACAUCAGUUUCGUAUGAGUCGCUGGAACUGCACAACCUUCAGCAACACUUCCUCUGUCUUUGGCGAAGUCAUAUCAAUCAAAAGUCGUGAAACAGCGUUUGUAUAUGCGAUAUCGUCGGCGGGAGUAGCAUAUGCCGUCACAAGAGCUUGCUCCCGAGGAGAGCUAACCGAGUGUAGUUGCGACAACCGAGUGCGGCUACGCAAACCGAGGAAGAACUGGCAGUGGGGCAGCUGCUCUGAAGAUAUCCACUAUGGGGAGAAGUUCAGUCGAGAGUUUGUGGAUGCGAGGGAGAGUCACGAGACGGCAGAAGGUCUCAUGAAUCUGCACAAUAACGAAGCUGGUCGCAGGAUAAUCCGAUCACAAAUGCAGAGAGUGUGCAAGUGUCACGGCAUGUCGGGAUCAUGCAGUGUGCGCGUGUGCUGGCGCAAGCUGCCCUCGUUUAGACAGGUCGGCGACACACUCAGUGCCAGAUUCGAGGGUGCCUCUUUCGUGAAGAUGGUGGAGAAGCGGCGACGGAGAGUAAAGAAACUUCGGGCCGCUAUCAGAGAGCUUAAGCAGCCAAAUCGCACUGAACUGGUGUACCUGGAGGAAUCACCGGACUACUGCGAGCGCAAUGAAACGUUGGGAGUGCUGGGUACAAGGGGGCGAUUGUGUAACCGAGGCAGCCCCGGACUGGACGGGUGUCGCCUGCUGUGCUGCGGACGGGGCUACCAAACCAGGGUGAAGGAAGUGGAGGAGAAGUGUCAUUGUCGCUUCGUCUGGUGCUGUGACGUCAAGUGCGACCUCUGUCGCUACAAGCGUGAGGAACACAUCUGUAACUGAAUACUACUUCCUACCCUGACGAUACAAAAUUUCAUUCGGUUCAGCUACAGCAAAAUUUUAUCAGCAUGACAAGAAUAAAAGCGUGAUAUAAAUACUCUACAUGACAACUGAUACAAAGUGGUAGAUCUAUAUCAUGCUUCACAUUUUGGUUUUGCAUAACUCAACCAAAAGAAAAAUAUUUUGUAAAUAGUUCCAAAUCACUAUUCAUAUCAACGUAAUAAACUUUUAAUUUUAUGACAGGAGGUCGCUUUUAGAUUUCUACACAAAUAUGUUCUUCUGCAAAGAGCAUAGUUCUUUGCUCUUCUAAUUUUCAAGUUAUCUCGUUUUGUUCUAAAAUGAGAUAUUGUAAACAAAUGUCUGUCACGUAUAUUAUUUUUUUCACUUAACAACCGUACCCUAACUUGAAUCUAUAACAGUGACUUAUCUCCAUUUUAUCAUUUCGUAAAUCAGAAGUAUAACAAAUCAAACUUUAAAAGUUUGGCUUGUUGUGAAUUUUAGAAUAGUUUAAAACUUGCCUUUCCACACACCACACAAUGUACGAAUAAAUUUGGAAAACAUUUUCUGUGUUUUUUGUCACAAAACACAGAAAUUUUGCCAUCUAAAUUUAUAUGAAAUGAUGUACAUUAUUCUAGGCUAACUUCAUUAUUCUUUGCACUUAAUGUUUAUAAUACGGAAGUACUUUGUUUACACAGAUGAUAAUUUAUUAGAUAGCCAAUACUCAAACUAAGCUUGGACAUUGUGCUAGAGAUGAGGCUUGGAGAAAUUACACUGUUGCCAAAUAUGGGACUGACAGAGAUAAGAAAGAUAACUUUUUCUCAUGUAUAAAUCGGAGACAGAGUAUAAUAUAAUGCUUUUUAGCCUGGACUAAAACCUACUCAAAUACCAUUUCCUCAAGUAAACUCUUUUCAGUUACAAAUUACUUAUGGUUCCUACAUCCACGAAGAGCAGAAUAAUUCAUGAUUAAUUCAUUAAACAGUACUUCUAAAAGAGAUAUUUUGGCAAAAAUAGCUGUGAGGUGAUUAAAGAAACUAAUUUAGAGAUAUGCAGAAGUAUGAAUUAGUUAAUGCAUACGUUCAAUAAGGACAGAUCAUGUUAAUUUUUUCUGCUGGAAAAUUCUUAGCUUUAUUGUUAGAGGCUAAUAACUCUUGCAAAAUUUUGCAAGAGAUGAACCUUCACCACUUAUCAUCUCUCUCUCUCUCUCUCCCUCCUUAUGAAUAAGAUCAGUUUCUUUACUCACAAGUAAAGAAAUUAUAUUACUUUUCUACAAAAUAUAAGAUUUUUAAGUACACUGCUGAAGCAUUUAAUGCAGACCAUUAACACUAAUUAGCAUAUUCGAGUUCACUCUCGAAGAAAAAAGCAUAUUCAGUAUUUAGCAUCUGUUUUCAGUAAUUAGGUUUUAGGAAUUUACUACUUUGUUUUUUUUACAAUAAAUUUUAAUUGAGUGACUUUAUUUACAAUUUUAAAAAGUUGCAUGAUCUUUUUUCAUUUAUAUUGUCUUAAGACUGAUAGUUUUACUAACUUUUGUAAACUUAAAUGUAAUUAUUAAUAUUAAAUUAUCAAGAGACACAUAGAAUGCAGUUGAUACAAUAUAAAAUAAUAUACAAGAAUAUUAUGUUUCUGUUAUAAACUUACUACAAACAACUAUCUUUAAGGUUUGACUAAAUUAUCAUUAUACACUGCAAUUACUGAAAAUAAGUAGGCAUACAUCUUACACAUAUACACAAUAAACUACUUAAAAAUAAUAAAAAGUACAAAACAUUUUUGAGGUUAAGUUAUAUCAUCAUAUAACGUUUGAGUAAAACAAGAAUUACUGGAAUUUGUAUUUUGAAAAAGAGGUUGAGGCCAUUACAUAAAUGUAAGAACAAGAAACAAAGAUUGGUAAUCUAAAGUAAUUUAUUCUAUAAAAGCACUUUUAUACGCAUUUGAUUUUUAUGUGCAAGAUGUCAAUAAUAUUAGAAUUAUUAAAAAAAAGGAUGUAUGCCCACUUCUUUAUAUUAAAAAACUUUCAAUAGAUUUUAUAAGCACAUUUAUCUUUUUUUUUAACUUGUAAUUUAACUUGACUGCCAACAAUACUGCUAGAGAUGAAUGUCCUAUCAUUCAAAUGUAAAUAUUACUUGUGAAAAGUGAACAUACUUAUCAAACGCACUAUGUGUAUAGUGCAAAUAAUUUGUGUAUUUAUUUGUUUUUAUACAGUGCUGUGACUCAACCCACCCAUACUUUUUAUUUAUAAGCACUUGUUGUAUAUUUUAUGUGAUGAUUGUAAAGUAACGUACUUAUUUUUAAAUAUAUUUGAAACUUGUAUAUAUGAUGUGAAAUAUAUGUUGUACAAUUAUUA